CACACGUUUUUCUGGCGGUGCCCUUUCCUAGUUGUUUAUAAAGCACCACCUCAUACAGGAUCUCUCACUUUCGCAUUCCUCAGAAUUCCCGAGAUAGAGAAUAAGAAGAAUGGCAGAAACAUGCGACUUUCUUGCAACAAAGAGGUAUGCAGUGGUGACAGGAGCAAACAAGGGAAUUGGAUUGGAAAUAUGUAGGCAGUUGGCUUCAAAAGGAGUCAUGGUGGUGUUGACUGCCAGGGACGAGAACAGGGGCCUUGAAGCUGUUGAGAAGUUGAAGGAGUCUGGUGUGUCUGAUAAUGUGGUUUUCCACCAGCUUGAUGUGACAGACCCUGUUAGCAUUGCUUCACUCGCAGAUUUCAUCGGGACCCAAUUCGGAAAACUUGAUAUCUUGGUCAACAAUGCAGCGAUUGCUGGAGUCAUUAUGAACUAUGACAGUUUCGCCAGAGCUGUUGAACGUUUUGGGGAUUGGCCAGCUGGGGAUCAAGUCUGGAAAGAGAUUAUUACUUCACAAACUUAUGAGCUUGCAGAAGAGUGCCUGAAAACGAACUAUUAUGGUAUGAAAAGAAUGGUUGAGGCACUUGCUCCUUUCCUCCAGCUAUCUGAUUCCGUAAGGAUUGUAAACGUUACCUCAUAUCUCGGAGUACUGCAGCUUAUGUCCAAUGAAUGGGUCAAGGGAGUGUUGAACGAUGUCGAAAGCCUCACAGAAGAAAGAGUUGAAGAAGUUUUGAACGAGUUUCUAAAAGAUUUCAAAGAGGGAAGGAUGAAAUCCAAUGGUUGGCCAACUUAUAUCGGACUAACUGCUUAUUCUGUCUCAAAAGCAGCUCUGAACGCAUACACAAGGGUGCUGGCCAAGAAGUACCCUAGUUUCUGGGUCAGUUGUGUUGCCCCAGGCUUUGCCAAAACGGAUAUAACUGGCGGUACUGGCUACUUAACUGCUGCAGAAGGAGCGCAGAAUGUAGUGAGAUUGGCGUUGCUGCCUACUGCUAGGUCUUCAGGGCUUUUCUUCAAUCGUCAAGAAGUUUCAGAUUUUUGAAGGAAAAUGAUCCAUUAUGACUUUGGUGAGGAUAAAAACAACACUUCGCCAUGUGCCACUUUCACGGUGCUUCUUUUCUAUAUUUGCACAAUAAAAAUGAAGAAAAAAUUAUCUA